AAUACAUGGAUGAGUACGCUGCCAAGCAAUAUUCGUCAUGGAAGGGGUUCAAUUGUUGUGAGUGGCGUGGUGUUGAGUGCAGCCACUCCUCCUCCCACGUCAUCCAACUCCGCUUCUCCAACAAUUACAUUGCUGAGUACUUCAACCAUACUUAUAUCUACAAAACACUUGUUCCAGUUUUGUUUCAAUUAAAGCACAUGGAGUAUUUGGACUUAAGCGGAAAUUGGUUUAGUGGCCACCUACCCAAAGAAUUAUUUGGUCUCCAAAAUUUGAGGCAUCUAGAUCUCUCUUGGAACAAUUUUGAAGGUGAGAUUCCUAUGGAUGUUGGCUCUAUACGCACAUUGAAUCACCUCAACUUGGUUGGGAAUGAAGUGUUUAACUCUAGUUUAAGGUGGGUGGAGAAGUUGCAAGAGCUGGGAUAUUUGUCUCUUGAAGGUGUAGUGUUGAAUAUGACAACCUAGAAUUUGGAAGCAACCAUCUCUCAUCUCCAUCAUCUCCAUCAUCUCCAUUACCUAAACCUUGCCAAUUGCUAUCUAUCAGGGCACAUCCCCAAUGCCAUCCAAAACCUCACCUCCCUCUCCCAUCUUAUUUUAGAUGAUAAUGACCUUAGUUCUAUAGUGCCUUCAUGGUUGGGAAAUAUGCCUCAUUUGCAAGAGCUUAGUUUGUUUGAAAACCCAUCAUUGAGGGGAGAUGUAGGUCAUAUAUUAUGUUGUGAAUGGCCACAAUUGACCAAAUUUGUUUUGGAAAAUACCAAUAUAACAGGGAUCAUUCCACCUUGUAUUGGAAAUAUUUCUUCCCUCCUCCAUAUUGAUAUGAGUAAAUCAGUGCAUUACUUUGGUAUGGGAAAGCUGGAAGGAAUUAAUCCUUCUUCCCUUGGCAACAUCUCUAGUCUUUAGUCACUAAAUCUUCAACGAAACUCAUUGAGUGGAGAGAUCCCACCCUCACUUGGUCAACUUUCAUCUUUGACUGAACUUGAUCUCUAUGACAAUGAGCUUAGUGGUAGUAUGCCUUUCUCAGUUGGUCAUCUUUCAUCUUUGAUUUAUCUAGAUCUCUCCCACAAUAAAAUUGAUGGUCAAAUACCUUCCUCAUUGGGUAACAUUUCAUCCUUGAGAGGUAUUUAUCUUGAUGAUAAUCAACUGAAUGGUACAAUACCCACUUGUCUUGCACUACUCCCUCAUGUGGAUAUGGUUAAUCUCCAUUCCAACAACUUGCAAGGUAAUUUUUCUCUUGAUUCUUUCAUAAGUACUAGUAACUACCUUCAACUUGAUCUUUCUUAUAAUAAAUUGACUAUCCAAGUUGACCCAAACUGGAUACCUCCAUUUUCCCUACAAACUUUAACAUUAUCUUCUUGCAAUAUUGAAGGUAUCCUACCUUCAUUCCUUUCAACCCAAUAUCAAUUAUUUCAUUUGGAUCUCUCACAAAAUAGUUUAUGGGGAAACAUUCCAUCUUGGCUACACGAUUUACCUAGUCUAGAAUACUUGAACUUAUCAUACAAUAAUUUUCAAGGUCGAUUUCCCUUCACCUUGAAUAUAAGUUCAUUUAUAAUUAUAGACUUACAUAAGAAUCAAUUGGAUGGUUGCCUUUCAGUUCCUUCAAUAGCUUCCCCACAUUUAAAAGUAUUUGAUCUUUCAGAAAAUGAAUUUACAGGUGUUAUCCCAGUGCAAAUUGGUAGGCUUCUACGAGAUAUUGAUUUCUUGUCAUUUUCAAAAAAUGAUCUAAGUGGUGGAAUUCCUUCUUCCAUUGUUCUUCUGCAAAAUCUACAAGUUUUAGACUUAUCAAAGAACAGAUUAUCUGGUAAAAUUCCAUUGAGAUUGAGUAAUUGCUCUUAUUUGACAAGACUGAACUUGGGAAAGAAUAAUUUGAUAGGACAGAUUCUAGCUCAAAUAGGAAUGCUAAGAUAUCUUGUAACACUACAACUCAAUGGAAAUAUGCUUAAGGGAAACUUACCAUCCAGUCUUCAGAAUUGCUCCAACUUGCAAAUUUUAGAUGUGGGUGAUAAUUUAUUAGUGGGAAAUAUAGUCCUUUGGCUAUCAAAAUUCUCUGAGUUGAUGAUACUUAUUUUAAGGUCAAAUAAACUCCAAGGGCACAUUCCAAAUCGCUUAAGCAAUCUUUCAAAAUUGCAUUGUUAGAUAUUUCACAUAAUGAUUUGACUAGGGCCAUCCCAUCACAAUUUGCAAAUUUAACAGCUAUGAUGGAUCCACAUCCACAUGUAGAAAGCUCAAAUUCCAAUGAUUAUUCCUAUUAUUACAA